AUGGGAUGGAUGUCAUGGACGGCUUUCUAUUGCCAGAUGGACUGUGUGAAUCGCCCAAAAGCGUGCAUCAAUGAGAAUCUCUACAUGGAAAUGGCAGACGCACUCGUUAUGGGAGGUUAUCGAGAUGCCGGUUACGUGAGCGUGCAUGUAGACGAUUGCUGGAUGGGACGUGCCCGGGACUGGUACACCGGAAAGCUUAUCGCCGAUCCAUUGCGCUUUCCCAGUGGAAUGCUCAAUUUAGCCAGAUACAUGCACUACAGAGGUUUGAAGUUUGGAAUCUAUGAGAACUUGGGGACAGUGUCGUGUGUCGGAUUCCCUGGAAGCUGGGGACAUUUACAGGUGGAUGCCAACACAUUUGCCGAAUGGGAAGUGGACUACUUGAAGCUUGAUGGAUGUUAUGUCAAUCCUUCUCUGAUGCCAGUGGGUAAGGUUUCUUCUGAGAUAUGA